AUUCGCCUCAAACUAAAGUCUCUAAAUGUAUCGUUUUUGUCGUAUCGCCACCGGACCGACGAUGGAGAGACCAGCCGCGCCGCCCGGCCGUCAGCAUGACUUCUGAGUCUCACGUGUUGAUGAAAGAAUCCAUCAAGAUGAUGACCGACAUGAUCGUGCUGUGCAGCACGCUGGCGCUCUCCCUCUUCUUCUGGAUGGUCUCCAUGACGAUCAGCAGCUACUCCGGAACCCUGCAGCCGGUGUCGCCGUGGCGAUGGUUGUUCUCUAUCCUGGUCCCUCUCAUGCUGGUCAUCAGAGCCGUGAAGAGACGCAGCCUGAGUUCCUCCGGCGCCCUCGGAGCGCUCCUCGUGGGCUUCGUGUUGACGAUGGCCAACUACAGCUUCUUCUCCUCGCUGCUGGCCUUCUUCAUCACCUCCUCCAAACUCACCAAGUGGGGAGAAGCACAGAAACGGAAAAUAGACUCCGAGUACAAAGAAGGCGGCCAGAGGAACUGGAUCCAGGUCUUCUGUAACGGAGGAGUUCCCGCGGAGCUGGCGCUGCUCUACAUGAUCGAGGUGGGCCCGGGGGAGAUCGCCGUGGACUUCAGCAGACAGUACACGGCCUCCUGGAUGUGCCUCUCGCUGCUGGGCGCACUCGCCUGCAGCUGCGGGGACACCUGGGCGUCGGAGGUGGGGCCUGUCCUCAGCCAAUCACAGCCCAGACUCAUCACCACCUGGGAGGAGGUCCCAGCAGGAACCAACGGAGGCGUCACUCCCGUGGGGCUGGUGGCCAGCCUCCUCGGCGGGCUGGCGGUGGGCGUGGCCUACUACGCCACGCAGGUCCUGUUGGUGAACGACCUGAACAUGGCGCACCCCCAGUGGCCGAUCCUGGUAUACGGCGCCGCGGCCGGCCUGCUGGGCUCCUUGCUGGACUCGUUCCUGGGAGCGCACAUGCAGUACUCGGGCUUCGACGCGAGCAUCGGGAAGGUGGUGGCGUACGAGUCGGCCACCACGCGGCGCAUCUGUGGGAAACCGAUCCUGGACAACAACGCGGUCAACCUCUUCUCCUCCGUCAUCGUGGCGCUCGUCCUGCCCGGCCUGGCGUGGGGGAUGUGGCCGCGGUAAACACGCCAAACACGGCGGCGACUGGCCGCCGGUCGAAAAGACGUUUGAGUCGCGUGUCGAGCGCAAAGACACGGGCGCCCGGGUCACGUGUUGUCACACGGCGGGCCCGGAGGAGGACACAUUUCAACGUGACACAAUUGACUGAUGACCAUGGAGCAUAAUCGUCUCGAUUAAAAUGCUGAUUAACCGAUUUCUGCUUAAGUCGCAACGCUCAUUUAUAAAGUGUGAUGUUUUCAAAUGAUCCUCGUUCUGCACGUUAUGAAAUCACUAUUGUGCUGUUAUUUAAAUAAGUAUUCCCUUAUUUAAUAAAGUGUUAUAUUCUGA